AUGACUCAGCCGGCUCGUCAGGGUCCCACACCACAGCUGGCUCAUCAGGCUCCCAUCCCACGUCAUGCCUCAGCCGGCUCGUCAGGGUCCCACACCACAGCUGGCUCAUCAGGCUCCCAUCCCACGUCAUGCCUGAGCCGGCUCGUCAGGGUCCCACACCACAGCUGGCUCAUCAGGCUCCCAUCCCACGUCAUGCCUCAGCCGGCUAGUCAGGCUCCCAUGCCUCAACCAGCAGCUGGCUCGUCGGGCUCCCAUCCACGCCCAUCCACGUCAUUCCUCAGCCGGCUCGUCCAGCUCCCACGCCUCGGCCGGCCCGUCAUGCUUGCCCAGGUGGGAUGCCAGGCCCCAUCAGCAGGUCCCAUCAACAUGCCCCACCAGCAGGCCCCAUCAGCGGGUCCCAUCAGCAGGCCCCAUCAGCAGGCCCCAUCAGCAGACCCAAUCAUCAGACCCCAUCAGCGGGUCCCAUCAGCAGGCCCCAUCAGCAGGCCCCAUCAGCAGACCCAAUCAUCAGACCCCAUCAACAGGCCCCAUCAACAGGCCCCCAUCAGCAGGCCCCAUCAGCAGGACCCAUCAACAGGCCCCAUCAGAAGGCCCCAUCAGCAGGUCCCAUCAGCAGGCCCCAUCAGCAGGCCCCAUCAACAGGCCCCAUCAACAGGCCCCAUCAGCAGGCCCCAUCAGCAGACCCCAUCAGCAGGCCCCAUCAACAGGCCCCAUCAGCAGGCUCCAUCAGCAGGUCCCAUCAACAGGCCCCAUCAGCAGGUCCCAUCAGCAGGCCCCAUCAGCAGGCCCCAUCAGCAGGCCCCGUCAACAGGCCCCUUGUCCCCCUGGUCAAUCUGGCACCAUGCACACGGCAGCCAGGCAGAACAUCUUGGGGCGCAACACUCGUCAUUUCUUUACAUGACAUAG